AUGUAUAUUCUUAUGUUACGACAAUGGAGCAUACUCCUGUUUCUUUCUAGCGUGUAUUCGCACAAGCUGUACGGAAAUAACAUUACCAUUCACUUGGAUAAGAAUGGGAUACAAAUUACAGACGCAGCAGAUGAAAAAACAGAGCAAAACAUCAGCAGGCCGGAGGAAACACAAAACGGCGUAAACAUUAGUUUAAAAAGAGAAAAAGAAGAAAGUUCGCAUAGACCUGUUGAUAAGCCUUCUAGUACUUCCCAAUUUGGCAAAAACAAAAUAUCCAAUGAUGGAAAAAAAGAGCCAUCUGUCAAACAGAACGAUACAGCCAAAGGCCCUGCUACAUCUUCAAACAGUUUGAAUAACGUAAGCAGCCAGAACAAGGACAAAAGCACAAAUUCAUUCGGACUGUUCAAUAAUAAUGAAAGUAAUUCUAAUGUAAUCUCGCACUAUGCCAUUUCAGAGAACACCCCAAAGAGUAAUAACACCCCAACAGAAGAGAAUGAACCGCACAAAAGUAGUUCUGCUGUGAAAAAUGACCUGCUAGGCCACUCAGGCAAUAAUGACUGCAUUGUCGUUAAGACUCUGGCCCCAAUAACAGAACAAGACCAAAUCCUCCUCAGAAAAAAUUUGCAGAGAUAUGGCAGCUAUCUGCAGUAUGUCUACAACAACAUAUUUCACGGCGUGUCAAUUUGCAACGCAAGUAAAAUCAACGUCAGCUCUCUUUUGGCUGAAAUAUCGAAUAGGCCCCUAUCAAUGGAGAGCAACAAGCAGUAUACACUGUCGUACAGACAAGAGAAUCUUCCCGAUAACUUCUACAUUACGAUAAACAGCCAGCAGAAGCUCUUCAAUGUAAAGUGGUUGGACUGGCUUGUGAAUGCAUACAUCCGAAAUGGAUAUGUUCUGAGACAGUCCAGCCUGUUUCGGUGGUACAGAAACAGAUACUUUCCCUUGCUCAGUAAUUACACCGGAAAAGGAAUAAAAAUCGAAGUGAUAGACGGAGACAUUGGAGCAGUGCACCAGGAGAUAGAAGGAAGAGUGAGCGUGCGCAGAAAAGAGGCACAGUACCAGCUUAGCAGCCAUCCUACGUCUGUAAUGACAGCAGCAGCGGGAAUAACAACAGGACUAGCAAAAGAUUCUACCUUAGUACUGCAUCCCGUGUUUAAGUUUGGAAAUGGAUAUCUAUCGGACAUACUACACACACUCGAUGGAAUUUCAAUGAGUGAUUCGGACAAAAUUCUUCUUCUUCCCUUUUCAGGAAGUAAAUCAGACUUACUGGAUAGCUCAUUGGGCUUGUUCUACAAUGCAAAUAUUCCUGUUGUUGUGCCAGCAGGGAAUAACGGAGGGUCUUCGUGCGAGUACAGCCCAUCUAGGUCCAAGUAUACGAUUACCAUUGGAAGCAUGUCUGACAGACUGGGGCCAGAGCCUUGGUCAAAUACUGGACAGUGCACAGAUGCGUAUGCCUCAGGCAGUGCUACAGUAGGAGAUGUAUCUGAGCUGUCGCCUACGGUGAGAUAUGCCUGGCGAGAAGGAAGUAGCAUAUCAGCAGCAUACGCAGCUGGGUAUAUAGCCCUUCUGAUGCAAACUGCCCCUUCCUCUGUUUCUGAAAUUAGAGAACUGCUGAAGCACGGUGAAGCAUUUCCUCUUCUUUCUAUUCCCAACAUAGGAAAUAGCUCGCCUUUUAUCUCUAGUAAUUUUGAGUACAAUAGCAUUGGGGUGGACAUUUUCAUUCUCAUCACUCCUUUGCUUAUUAUAGUGUGCAUUGCUGCUUUAUGCAGAAGAAAGUCAAAGAAACAGUUUACAAAGAAAAGCCGCAGGCACACGCCAAGUAUCUAA